AUUUGAAUGUACAUUUUCCAUACAACUUCGACAUGGUUCGGUUAACUGAAGAACAGAAAAAGUUUUACAAGGAAAAUGGAUUCAUUCAUUUAAAAAAGUUAAUAAAAGACGGUGAACUAAAAACAUUAUCACAGGAGUAUGACGACUUGUUUAGAAGAAAGAAUCAACAGAAAAUCGAGAGUCUUUGGGUUGGUGGAGAUGAUAACUUUAGAGAAACCGGUAGCCCUUACACCGUUAAAGGUAUUCACAACUUGCAAUACCACAAUGCUGUUUUUGGUAAGUUAUUAUAUAAUGACAGCCUUCUAGACGCGCUAGAAGACGUCAUGGAUACAAAGAAUAUAGCGCUACAUCACACCAAAGCUCAUUUCAAACCUCCAGAAAAAGGUGGCUCGUAUCCCAUGCACCAGGAUUAUCCAUACUUUCCAUACAAAAACGACUCCAUGGUAGCAGCCUUUAUUCAUUUAGACGCUGCAAGUCCUAAAAACGGAGGAUUGUUUGUGUACCCAGGCUCACACAAGCUGGGACCGCUAGAAGAUUUUGGCCCUAAAGAAGGAAGCAAUUUCCACUAUGUGGAUCAGAGUAAAUAUCCAAUCGAGAAGGCGAUUCCAGUGGUUGCUGAAGCUGGGGACGUAGUUAUCUUCUCUUAUCUUUUGAUACACGGCAGUACACCGAACACAUCUGAUUGUCCAAGACGAAUGUUCUUAGCUCAAUAUUAUGAUGCUCAUGAUUGUCCUGUUGGCGGAGAGCCAGGUCAGCCUGGACGAGGAUGGCUGCUGCGAGGAGUCAACCGGGACAGAGACGCUACUGUUGCUAACCGAAGAAAAGAUUAAAACGAUUAAAACGACUUUAGUGUUUGUAAUAAUAGCUAUUGUUAAUAAUUAUAUGUUAAUUGAUUAAAAUAACUGGUUUUUGCAUAUAGGUAGGUAUAUUAAAUAGAAAUGCAUUUGUUGUACUAUUUAUUACUAAUAAACUAAAUAAACUUUUAUAUAAAAUGGAAAUUUGUAAUUUACCCUUUCUUGAUUAUUAU